UUCAACAGGUACAUGGAUAGGACAGGUUUGGAGGUAUACAAGCCAAACUCAGAAAGGUGGGAUAAAUGUAGCUGGGACACGUUGGGCCAAAGGGCCUGUCUCCACCUUGUAUAUCACUCUAUGACUCUUAAGUAAGAAUUUCAUUGUUCUAUCUGGGAUAUAAGACAAUUGUCAGUCCCAGAUCCAAGCGAUGAAUCUUUGGCUUCUGUUCUCCCCACCCCAGGAAAAUGAAACAGAAAAUGAAGGAUUCUUCAACAUGCUGAGUCACGUCCAGAGGAACCGCAUGGAUGACCAGAGGUGUAACCUCCAGGAGAGCGGGACACCCUCCCAUAGAUCCACACUGAUUGAGGCCUGUGAUAGCAGCUCCGACCGGCCCAUCAAUGAACUCCUGGACAUGCUGGCCGACAAGCAAGGGCAGCGGCUGGACGAUCAGCGAGUGACCUGUGACAACUUACCCGGUCUGCAGCUGUCCACCUGCUGCCUCCCGUCCACGGACGAAGAGACUGAGAAUGAAUAGGGACGAACCAGGACAGGAUCAGGUUCCUGUUGGGCCUGAAGAAUAUCCAGAUCUGACUCACUGUCAAACAGUCAGAGAGACCAUCGCUGCUUUUACAGUCUGAAGAAGGAUCUCAGCCCAAAAUGUCACCUAUUCCUUCUCUCCAGAGAUGCUGCCUCACCCGCUGAUUUACCCUAACAUUUUGUGGCUGCUUUUACAUAUUAACCUUUGCGAUCGAGUCUUCAUUGGAGACUAACCUUUCUGCUUUCUCUUGUGGUUCUGUGACUCAGAUAAGUGAGUUGGACAUUGGGUUUUGUAGCCCGAUCCUCAAUGUGAAAUAUCACCUCCCCACCGCGUCCAAGACUCCUUGAGAAUUGCCUCAAUGCUCUUAGAACCAGCAUAUCUGAAUUUGCUGUAAAACAAAAUGCAUCGCUUAGACCUUUCCAUUUAAAAUGGUACAAACAUAUUAAUAAAUGUGUUGAUAUUAAAUAUUA